CAAUUUGCCUACAACGAAAACGAAUACCUCUGCAGUGGUUAACUGGGAGGUGGUGUCCUUUUAAUUUACAACACUAAAUAUUACGAUUAUUAUAUUUUACUGGCGUGAAAAUCACUUAACAGGGGUUACAGUAACGUUAACCACACACAUUUGGACGGUCGGUAGCGCGAACAAACUAGUAGUCUCCCGAGAUGAGCAGUUCAGAGGAAGUGUCAUGGAUCUCCUGGUUUUGUGGACUGAGGGGAAACGAGUUUUUCUGUGAGGUGGAUGAGGACUACAUCCAGGACAAGUUCAACCUGACUGGGCUCAAUGAGCAGGUUCCCCACUACCGCCAGGCUCUGGACAUGAUCCUGGACCUAGAACCAGAUGAGGAGCUGGAGGACAACCCUAACCAGAGUGACCUCAUAGAGCAGGCAGCAGAGAUGCUGUAUGGGCUGAUCCAUGCACGAUACAUCCUCACCAACAGGGGCAUCGCUCAGAUGUUGGAGAAGUAUCAGCAAGGGGACUUUGGCUACUGUCCCCGAGUCUAUUGUGAGAACCAGCCCAUGCUUCCCAUUGGUCUGUCGGACAUUCCAGGCGAGGCUAUGGUGAAGCUGUACUGCCCUAAGUGUAUGGACGUGUACACUCCCAAGUCCUCCCGGCACCACCACACGGACGGGGCCUACUUCGGCACUGGAUUCCCCCACAUGCUCUUUAUGGUGCACCCCGAGUACAGGCCCAAGAGGCCCGCCAACCAGUUUGUGCCUAGGCUCUAUGGAUUCAAGAUCCACCCCAUGGCUUACCAGCUCCAGCUGCAAGCAGCCUCCAGCUUCAAGAGCCCUGUCAAAGCCAUCCGCUAAAGCCCAGAGAGGGAGUGGGAGAAAGAGAAAGGGAUGAUUGAGGAGACGGGUCAUCUGCACAAAGCUCCAUACAGAUGCCUCCUCUCUGUCCUGUAGACUUUGUUAUUUAGUUUAGAUUAGGAUGAUUGAGAACAAUGUGUAAAGACAAAAACGCCCAGCUUUCUUUCCCAAACCCUUACACACACAUUUAGGAUUCCAUGCAUCUACGUUACCAAACUCAUCAGUGCCGAAACAUAAAAGGGGUAGGGGAAGAAAGUCCAUGGAUGUUAUUGGAUUUGACACUGCUGUUUCUUUCAGUGAUAUUACCAUAUGUUGCCCCUAUGAACUCGUUCCACGUUGAGUUGUUUUCGGUCCUGUCUUUGGCACAGUUUGGUAAAGGGUCAUGGUAGACCAUCACCACUGGUUGAAUAACAAUUCCUCUGCUACCCCCAUACCCAUGUACACUGUGGCUGGCACUCAGAGACCGCUUGGUUGAUGAUAAGGACAAAGUCUGUCACUAAGGGUGUUGCCAUUUCACCUCUUCUGUAAACCAUUGUUUUACCAAGGCACUCGUGCAGGCUUGUAUCACUCUUUUAUUGUGUGAUACUCAGAGGCCAGUGUGUCAAGGCGGUCAUUCACAAUACAAGUGUUCUGUCAAAUUUGCCUUAAACUUUGAGAAACUGCACAGGUGCUGUGGUUUACAGGAAGUGCACCUCUAGGACAUAGUAUAGCUGUGAAUCUUUACACGCUAGAUGUAGGAUAGACACGAAUAAACCUGAAAUGAAUGAAAUGUUCUAGAAUGACCAGGAAAAUACAUAACAACCCACCUGCUGUCUCUGUGUGUCACCCAAAACAACAGUCCUGUUUGUGAGGCACAGUGAGAAUGUCAGCUCUGUCACAUGUUGCUGGGUUAGUAUCACUGCAAAAGUACACAUCUCUCUCCACAACUGCACUGAUUUAACUGGUGUCCCUCCACACAUUAUAGUAGUAUUAUUUAUGUAAAAUCUAGCGACAGAAAAUCAGUUUUUAUUUUGUGAUGCAGUUGGGGUUUCAGCGCCCUACUACAGGUGUACAUUUGAUUCCUUGUUGCAAAAAGUAGAACUCUUGAUAUGUUUUGAUCCAGAACAGUAAGGAUGAUUUGUCAAGAUUAUAAUUAAUGUAGGUCUGUUUUUUUUUGCAACUGUGGAAGUGACCAGGAUUCAGAAUUCUCAAUAAACGUUGUUUUCUUUUCAUACAA